GUUCAGUCGUUCCAUCUUGACCGGCGGCGGCGCCUCGUGCUAUGGCCCAGCCUGGAGUCUCGGAGCCACAGAAAGCGCUGCUGGCCAAGAUAGUGAUGGCCGGGGAGCCCGACGUGGGGAAAACCGCUAUCCUGCGGCGGUACACACAGACCUCCCCGACUUCGCAGUCGCCGCCUGCUUCCUUUAUCACCACCGUCGGCAUUGAUUUCAAAGUAAAAACAAUUUCAUUAAAUGACACAACACUGAGACUUCAAAUAUGGGACACUGCUGGCCAAGAGAGAUUCCGUACAAUGACUACUAGUUAUUUUCGUGGAGCACAUGGAUUUGUUCUUGUCUAUGAUAUCACAAAUACAGAAAGUUUUCAAGGAAUCACUAAUUGGAUGAAAGCUAUAUAUGAGAAAGCAGAUGAAAAUGUAGAAGUAAUACUGUUGGGUAACAAGUGUGAUAAUGAGGCAGAACGUGUAAUUCCAAAACAAAGAGGGGAAAAGCUGGCAUGGGAGUAUGGAAUACCCUUCUUUGAGACCAGUGCUAAGAACAAUAUAAAUAUUGAACAUGCCUUUUCAGUACUAGCCCAAGAAAUACUGGACAAGAGCUCCUGCAUACCACUCAACUCAGAUGUAGUGGACCUAAGUGAAAGUGCACAAAAAAGAACUUGCUGCAAAUUGUGACCAACAGUUUUGUCUUAGUUUGUCUGGUUAUGUUGUUUAUUUUGUGGAUACCAGCACUAAAAACAUUUUCUCUCUCCAUUUCUCAUGUAUAAUAGCAAACUGGAAAUAUCAGUAGGGUUGUAUUUCCAUAUUCCAGUUCUACUUUUGGGGGCAGAGUGCAGAAAAAAGUGACUUUAGAAAUUUUCCUCUUAGGACAUUGUCACCCGUACAGUAGUAAACCAUCUCCAAAGUACAGCUAGUUACCACUUAAAAUUUAUUUUCUGCAUACAGAAAAGUAUUUGGGGUAAAAACAAAACAAUAACCCAAACUCAUUUAAUAUCGUGUGGUGAAAAAGUGCCCCAGAAAACUCUAAUCCAGGGAACCAUUUUUAAGUACUGCAGAGAGAUACAGUCCUUCCUGAUAAGCUAGAGAAUAUUUACCUCACGACAGCUAUAUAUUCAUGGUCCCCAGACAAAGAGGUACACAUACCACAAAAAUACAUGUCUGAAUCCUGGCUGGAUAGUAUCAUAGUGCUUCAGACAGCAAGUGUAAAACUAUCUUUCAAAAAAAUGCUGCUUCAUAGAAAAAAAUAGCAGAGCAUGGAGAAGCAAAGGAUACACUAUCUAGUCUACUGUAAUAUGGAAGGAAGGACUAUCUAGUGUGUUAUUUUGCUUAACAUAUAUCCCAGCUCUAAGUACAGUUCUUCAAGUCAUUUUGAUGAUGUUUAGAUAUGAUUGUAGAUGACAAAAUUGUAAUGCUUUAAUGUGUACUAGGGAUAAAUAUGCACAGUAGCCAACUUCUUUGUGAGAAAAUCUUAGAUACUGCUGUAUAAACACACAUCUUUAAAUAAAUGCCACCCCAUUUACCAAAAGUUUUGCAGACAUCUGAAUUUGUGUUACUCCCUUACAGAAAUUGCAGUUGAGGUUUCUUAAUGGUAUAAUCUAACUAGCAGAGAUUUUAUGACUUUCUGGUAUUAAGUUUGUGUACACAUCUUAUGUGUGUGUUAUGUGCUGUCAAAUCUCUGACCUAUGGCGACCCUAUGAAUGAAAGACCUCCAAAACGUUCUAUGCUUAAUAGACUUGCUCAGUUCCUGCAAACUGGAGGACGUGGCUUCUUUUAUUGAGUCAAGCCAUCUCGUUUUAGGUCUUCUUCUUUUCCUGCUGCCUUCCACUUUUCCUAGCAUUAUUGACUUUUCCAGAGAAUCUUGUCUUCUCAUGAUGUGACCAAAGUACGAUAGCAUUAGUCUUGUCAUUUUAGCUUCUAAGGAGAAUUCAGGCUUGAUUUGAUCUAGUACCCACUUAUUUGUCUUUUUGGCUGUCCAUGGUAUCCGCAAAACUCUCCACCAGCACCACAUUUCAAAUGAAUCAAUUUUCUUCCUGUCAGCUUUCUUUACCGUCUUUCACACCUAUAUGGGGAAUACCAUAGUUUGGAUUAUCUUGAUCUUGGUUCCCAGAGAGACAUCUUUAAGUAUCUUAUCUAGCUCCCUCAUGUUCUUAUAAAUCAGCACACUUAAUGCCACACACAGCUGUGAAGAUACUUUAUAAAUUUAUAAAAAUAGGCGCAUCCCACUCUUUUUUGCCAUAGAUUAUUUGA